CCCGCGUCUGACGCGUGUGACUACUACGCUCCAGUUGUCCUUUGUCUCUUCUUCUUGUUAUUUCUCUCAUUUUCAGCUCUUUUGAGUUGGAGAGCCUUUAAUUCAACACAUCCUGAAAAUCCCCAAUUUUGAUGUCUAGAAUUUGCCCUGAAAUGAUCCCAAGAGCGUGAAAUUCCAUACUCAAAACCCUAAUCUGUGCGGAAUAGUGCGAUUGACGUACCCAAACUUAGGGUUUUUGAAAAUGGACAAGAACGAGGAUGAAUUACAGCUAGCGAUGUACAAGUCCCCGAGUUUCACAGGUGGAUGCCUGGAAAUUCGGCUUUUCUACGUCCGCAUCUCGCCUUGUGCGGUGGACGACGUCCCGGACCAGCUCAAGCUCCGCCACCUCCGAACCGAGGUCGGUGUUUCAUUGGAAAUCAACGGCGCACGCGUCCCGUCAUCGGAGUCUGUUUCUAUUACCCUUCGUCGCGAUCGCGUCGAUAAGGAUUCCUCCGAGGUUACGUACGUUAGCACCGACAGCGUUAAAAUUUCGGGUCCCGCGGAAUUCGAGGUCUGCGAAGAGAGGGAUGAUUUUGAUUUAAUUCUAUGUGGCUCUCUGCAGAGAGCUGAUGCUGCGGCUCCGUGGAGUAAUGAGAGUGCGUUGGAUAAUGAUAUGAAAACUGGGUGGGGUAUGGAGUGUUAUGUGGCCGCCUCCAUUACGAAUGGAAGGUCGCCAUUUUUCCAGCCGAAGAUUGGGGUUUGCUCUCCAUCCAUUGAAGUUUACGUAGCUGGGUGUUGCUCGGGGACGCCUGUCAUUUUGACGAAGACGAUUUUGAUUAGUCCGAGGAGGAAGGUGGCGAGGCAAGGGAUGAUUCUUGAUGCUAUCCCUGAGGACGAGGAGAUGGGGAAGGAGCAAAGGAGUUUCUGUAACGGUUUGGCAAGGCAGCGGAAAUUGCAGUUCACAGCAGCUGACAUGGAUGACUACGAGUCAGAUAGGAAAGUGGGAUACAGCUAUUACUCUGACGAUAUGUACUAUGGUGAAGAUGGCCAGCUUUCCUGGUUCAAUGCGGGUGUGAGGGUUGGUGUGGGAAUAGGGCUUGGGGUGUGCCUGGGCGUUGGAAUUGGUGUUGGCCUGCUUAUGCGAUCGUAUCAAGCUACAACUAGGAAUUUCAGAAGGAGAUUUUUCUGAUUCUACAUUCUGCCAAGGAAAAUAGUGAUGGUUAUCAUGGAAACAUAUUUCCUUUGGGAUCGCUACCUAGAGACAUGAUGACGCAGCUGAAGAGUAAGAAGAAGCUCACCAAUAUAUAGCUACUUAAAAUGUGGCGUAUAAUCUGCUGCUACCCAAAAUUCUAGUUAUGGUAAAGGUGCUGCUUUUAUCUAUGCUGCCAAGUUCUUCCAUCGUGCGCCACUGGAAGUGUUCAUGUAUCAGUGUGAAAUGUUAAAUACUCGGCCUGGUGUGCUACAAGGGAUGCUGGGUUGAUGUGUGGAUAUGGUCUGUUAAUCUGGUCUCUAUCUCUGUGCUUGAUCCUCCGUAGAUAUACGUUCUCUUUUAUGAAGUCGUUUGGUCUGAUCAUCUUUUGGAGUAACUUUUUUUUCUCCUUAUUGCGUUUUUCUGUAUCCAGCUUAAACAUUAUAGCCAAUUUUGUUCUCUUUUGUGACUGCCCAAAUAAGUAGGCAUGGUGGGCAUAAGAGUUGCUGCUUCACAGUACAUUGUUGUAGAGUUCUAUAACAUCAUUGCCGCCUUGUUGUUUGAGAUCAGAGACUUUGUUUAGAUCCGCGCCUGUGUUGAGUUGAUUUGAUGGAUGAAGCUCUUCUAAUUUAUGCAAUGAGCACAUUGCAGUGGGUUGUUACAAUAAAGAACCUUUUCUCCUA